GGCACUGCAGAAGCUCUGAACUCGUAAGCGUAUCGAUUUUUAUGAUUGUAGUGUCUGUUUCGGUAGUUUUAGUGUCGUUCCAUGGCAGAGUCAGUGAAUGGGGUGUUUAUAUAAGGCAAGACGAAUCAGUAUUGUGUGACUGAGAACGUUAGAAGAUGACGAAGGACAGAUUAGCUGCCCUUAAGGCGGCUCAGAGUGAUGAUGACGAUGUUGGACCUGAUGAUGUUGCUGUCAACGUCGAAGGAAGGGAUGGCUUCAUGGAUGAAUUUUUUGCAGAGGAGGCGCAGUCAACUGAUCGGGAUAGUGGAAAUGGAGGUGUUUCAACAUAUGUCAGAAACUUGUUUCAGAGCUUGGUCCCUGGUGAAUCCUUCAGAAGGUUAUACAAUCGAUCUUCCAUGAAUUCGUUUUCUGAUUUCCAUUCAUUUUUGUCUAAGGUGGAAGAGAUUCGGGAGAUGAUAGACAAGAUACAAGCCAAUGUGGAAGAAGUGAAGAAAAAACACAGUGCCAUCCUCUCAGCUCCUCAGACUGAUGAGAAGGUCAAACAGGAGCUGGAGGAUUUAAUGGCUGAUAUUAAAAAAACUGCCAACAAAGUCCGUGCCAAAUUAAAAGUCAUAGAGCAAAACAUAGAACAAGAAGAACAUACAAAUAAGUCGUCUGCUGACUUGAGGAUACGAAAGACUCAGCAUUCGACACUGUCAAGAAAAUUUGUCGAAGUAAUGACAGAGUACAAUAGAACGCAGACAGACUAUAGAGAACGAUGCAAGGGUAGGAUACAGAGGCAGCUAGAAAUAACUGGCAGAUCAACAACAAAUGAGGAGCUGGAAGAUAUGUUAGAGCAAGGAAACCCAGCUGUGUUCACACAAGGGAUAAUAAUGGAGACUCAGCAAGCCAAACAGACCCUAGCAGACAUAGAAGCAAGGCAUGCAGACAUCAUCAAAUUAGAAAACUCUAUUAGGGAACUGCACGACAUGUUCAUGGACAUGGCAAUGUUAGUGGAAAGCCAGGAUGCAACAAUUGACAGGAUUCAGUAUCACGUUGACGAAGGUAGAGAAAAAGUGGAUAUCGCCAGUAAAACGUUAACCAAGGCUCGGCGAUUGCAUUCCAGUUUUACUAAGAAAAAGAUCCUGUUAAUAAUCUGCCUCGUAGUAGUCGCCAUCAUUUUAAUUAUUAUUUUGGCAGUCACUUUGAGCUGAAUGCCUGGUGAAAUAGUUACCUAAGACUCGCUUGCGUUAACCCCACGUCCCUAAAGUCUGUUGUGCCUGAAAAUCUGUUAAGGAAGAGCAUUUGUAAACAAUGUUACAGUGCAGGAAUCAAUUUCAUAAAGUAUUAGUUUUGGUAGGUAUUUACAACAUUUUGCACUGGGAAGUCUUGAAGUGUGAUGACAUCUGCUGGCUUUGCGAGGAAACGUAAGCGCAAACUCUACCUUACAUGCUCGGGUGUGUGUGUUUUCUGUCCCUUGUUUGGAUUACUGAUGAAAUGUUCAGGACAUUGUGUAAUUAAUGUACAGUAGUAAAUUAGUUAAAAUGAGAGUAAAUUAUGAUAUUUUCAUUACAACAACAAUAAUUUUGUAAUAUAUAAUUUGAAAAUGUUGAUAGCAAUAUGAAAAAGUGUGAUAAAUAUUUGAAUAUUCUUGCUUUGAAAGCAGAUGAUUGUAAUAAUACAGAAUACUUCUUAUAGCUGGCAGUUCAUAUGGUGGGCUAAUAAAUCCAGUUUUGAUAUUUGUUAAAAGGCAGUGUUGGAAAUAAUUAUGUUUAAAACUUGGAUGUUGAAAUGUAAUCAUGUUUCAUUAUACUUGCUGCUGCUCAAUAGCAUAAAUAAUAAUGAAGUUCCUAUUGUUUUAUGCCUCCUGUAAAUUUAUCAAGUUAUUCAUACUAUUUAAAACCUGUCAGUUCUCUGUCAACUAGACAGGUAAUACCUUUUUCUCCAUAAUUGGCUUUCUGGGGAAGUCUGAACAUGUUUGUACAGUUUUAAAGAAAAGAAUAAAAUGCCUAAUUACUCACUAGUUACAUUGAAAA